UCUCUGUGGUCUGAGGUAAGCAGGGAGAGUAUUUGUUCAGGUAAAUAAGGAAGGAUUACUUAUAAUGGGAAAUCAGGCUCUGACCCAACACUUCAUCUCCCGGCUCUGCUGACUUCCUUCCAAUACAUACCUGCACACCCCCUCUCCCGAGCUGCCCCCCAAACUGAGCACUGCCCCUCUCCGCCCCCGGGGGGCUGGGCAGAGCCCCAGCCUGGAAGGUGAGGAGGCAGGCGGCACCUGGGGACAGCCCUGCCUUGAGCCAGAGCACCUGUUCCUCCUCCUUCCUGCACCCCACAGAAGGCGGCAUUGCCCACCGCGCCACGCCCUGGGCCUCCUGCCUCGGCCCCCCAUUCCCCCCGUGCCGUCCUCAUGCCCGGCUGAGGCAGCCGCACGCCCACGGCUGCCCUCGCCUCCUCUUCGCCCCUAGAACUGGGGCUGCUGCUCCUGAGGACUCCCUGGGCACGGGACAGCUAACGGACACCUCGGACAACCUGAGCGGAGCUAUGGGCAGCGCCAGCCCCGGCCUGAGUACCCCGCCGCCAGCCCGCCUCCUCCUGCCUGAUACAGGGCUACAGAACGGCUUGGAAAAGGGGUCAGGGGUUGAGAGGAGAGUCUGGAGCCCCAGCCCCCCUGCCACACCUGAGCAGGGUUUGUCGGCCUUCUACCUCUCCUAUUUUGAUAUGCUCUACCCUGAAGAGGAUACCUGGGGGGGAAAGGGUCCGGUCGACGAGGGCCAGGAGGAAGUCCCCAAGGAGCCAGAGCAGUGCCCCAUCAUCGACAGCCAGGCCCAGGGGGCUGGCCUAGACUAUUCCCCAAGCAACCUGACCCUGGAGGAGCAUUCACUGGAACAAGUACAGUCCAUGGUGGUCGGGGAGGUGCUAAAAGACAUCGAGACUGCCUGCAAGCUUCUCAACAUCACCGCAGACCCCAGUGACUGGAGUCCAGGGAAUGUGCAGAAGUGGCUGCUGUGGACAGAGCACCAGUACCGGCUGCCUCCGGUGGGCAAAGCCUUUCAAGAGCUGGGGGGCAAGGAGCUGUGUGCCAUGUCCGAGGAGCAGUUCCGGCAGCGCUCCCCACUCUGUGGAGAUAUUUUGCAUGCCCACUUGGAUAUCUGGAAAUCAGGCUGGUGUCUCUGUGAUUCUCAUGAAGCCCUUCCUUCUGCUACAGCCACCUGGAUGAAGGAAAAAGCCGCUGGAGCUCUGCAUGUUUGUGCUGUAGGGAGUGAGGAGCCUUGGAAUGACAGUGAAGUGGACUCCUCCUGUUCCGGCCAGCCUAUCCAUCUUUGGCAAUUCCUCAAAGAGCUACUACUCAAACCUCACAGCUACGGCCGCUUCAUCCGAUGGCUCAAUAAGGAAAAAGGCAUUUUCAAGAUUGAGGACUCAGCCCAGGUGGCGCGGCUGUGGGGCAUCCGCAAGAAUCGUCCGGCCAUGAACUAUGAUAAGCUGAGCCGUUCCAUCCGCCAGUAUUACAAGAAAGGAAUCAUUCGCAAACCCGACAUCUCCCAGCGACUGGUUUAUCAGUUUGUGCAUCCUGUUUGACUGGGAGCAACCCCGGACCCAGGGAUCCAGGAGAGGGACAGAACAGCUACCCUGAUUUCACCCUACUGGCUUCCCUCUCUCAGCUUGCCCCUCCCCACUUAGGCCCUGUCUGCUCUAUUCAGAACCCCCUGCCCCUAGUCAGUGCUGCUGACAACUGUGCUCAGGGGUCAGGGGGACUAGUAAGGCCGCUCUCCAGAUUGACUCAUGGCCCACCCCCAGAGCUAAGCCCGAUCCAAGGAACAAGGGGCCUGUGUUGGGGAGGUGGAGGAGCGGUCUUCUCUAUGAACAAGCACAAGCAUAUUUGCUGGGACUGGAGCCCUGUGGGGAGGGAGUCUUUCUCUGAUCAAAUUGCUGAACUGACUCCUUCAAAAAUAUUAGCCUGCUCUUUUACCCUAUUCUAUGCUCUUCCAUGGGGGAGAAAAAUACAUAUACCCCUCCAUACACACACACACAUACACACACACACACACACAGAGUCACUGUGACUUAAGACUUCCUUGGAAUGACCACCUAAGGAAGGACUCUUUCAACUGUUUUCACUUGUCCCCGAUUGAUGAUUUAGGAUCCCAACCUGACUCUAGAACCCCAGGGGUCCCUUGUUGCCAGUUAUCAGCCUCUCCAUUGUCAAUUCAUUCCAAAAAGGUUCACUAAGAACCAGGUCUGUGCUUUGGGCUAGAUAGGGGUGGGUGGGUAGGAGGAUGAAUGCUAGAGAAUUCAGAGGCUUUGUCCUUAAGUUGAAAAAAAUCAUGGUUUAAUUAGGGAGGCAGCCACAUACAUAUGAACAAUGCACAUAGAUCAAAAAUGGGUAUCCAUGGCAAUGUGUGACGUAAUUACAGGCUAGAAGGGUUCAGAGGAGUGAGGGAAGCACUGAUGAUUGUGCUGGUGAAGGGAGGAGGAAGAUGGAAAAGACUUGAAGUAGGAAUGUGGAAAAGAAUCUGGGAGAUAGUGUGGAAGGGAAUAUGUAAGCCAAAGUAAAGCGAUAGACAUGACCAAGAGAAUCUGUCUUUUUUAGAUCCAUCCCUUGAAUCCUUGCAGUUGUCCUGAGCUGCCGCUAGGGUCUGGGUGAGGGGACUCAUUCCCUAAAACCAAAAAUAACAAUAGGGAUCGGGUCAGACUGCCUUCUCUUACUUUUCCUUCCCGGCACAAAUCUGGAGUGAUAGGCUUGGCUUUUUAGUUGCCUCCUAGAGGGAAGAUCAAAAAAUAGGAUAAAGGAGUUCCAAAGCUUGAGCAGCCCCAAGCCCCCACGCCCAGCCCAUCUGACGAGACCCGCCACUGUAACAAAUGCAGGUGCCUCCCCAUCCUCCCCACCCCUCACCUUGCCAAAGGAAGCUUUUAUCAUUGCGAGCCUUUGGGAUCUGGAAUGGAAGUGGGAGAGGGGAUAUGAUUCCCUGAUCUUUCCCCAGCUUCCUUAGUGCAUCAGACCUUAUAGAUAUCUGUCUCUGAAGGAGCCACUCAGUGGGGAAGAGCCCCCCACUCUUCCAGAGUUUGUUGUUUAUCUCCUUUGUGAACAGAUCUCAAGAUUCCCCAUCCCAUCAGGAGUGUAUCUGUGAAUGUUUCUAUUCCCAGACUUGUGAGGGUGGGAAUUUGUGCCAACUGAUGAGGUGUGAGAUGUGAGGGGGGGGGGGCAGCAGGUGCAGGUAGGUGUGAGAUUUAAUAGGAAGGUCUGGGACUCUCAGCCCCAUGGCAGCUUGCUUGUUUAAGAGAAAGUCCUCCCCUCCCUUCUGAGAAUCACAGGAUCAUCAUUCAGAGCCAGAAGUAGCCUCAGAAGCUCUUGCAUCUGACUCCCUCAUAAUAGAGGUGAGGGAACUGAGACAUAGAGAGGUUAACAAAUUUACCUGAACUGACACAGCUAGUUAGUUGCAAAGUCAGAAUUUUAACCCAAAUUUAAGAACAAACUAAGAGAUUGAGUCAGAGCCAAAGUGAGUGCUGUUUCCUGGACUGUCUUUUUCUACUGCCAGCAGUUUUAUUGUCAAAGAAAAGGUUUACUUCUGAGAUGAACAAACAGACUGUUGGCAUCUUCUGUGCCUCCUGAAUGGCUCUAGCAGAAGUUGCCUGUUUCUCUGAAGCCCUUUGCCUCUAACUUCUCCUGAUCACAGAGUCACAGAAUCAGAGAGCAGAGAGCUGGAAGACAGGGCAGCCAGUCCACACAAACCUAGUCCCUGCUGUCUCUUCCCCUCUUCCCUGAUUUCUCCAUUCUUUCUUUCCCCCACCAGUGGAGAAGGAAGGCUUGCGUCGUGGAUCAGGUUCUUCCAAUGAAGUUUGUUCACUAGAUUUUCUUUGUCUCCUCCCAUCCCUUCUCGGGCCCAUCUUUAGCUUCCCUGGCUCUGCUCCCGACAGGAGUCGUAGGUGAUUCUCUCCUUCCCUUGACACCCCUCCCCCUCCCAGAACCUGGGGCUGGGAAGAACAUCUAGGUAGAAGAGCUAGUUCAGGGAGCUGAGGGAGGAGUCAGUGGAACAGAAAGGACUAUCAGAUGGGCAAGAGAUCCAGGGCUUAGGAUGGGAGUGAAACAGGAGGGAAGUGGGGAAGGGAAAGGAUUAUAGCUUUGCAUUAGUUGUAGGUACUUCCAGACACACCUAGAAGUGUAGGAGACCACUUCACAAAUCUGCUUCCCAGCCUUAGUUCCCUUGACAAACCUGAUAGGAAUCUGCAAAUGAGGCUUGUAUUAUGCCAGCAACCAGUGCCCUCCUUCCCCAUCCCCAUCCCCAAUCCCACCCAGACCAAUUCCUCCACUUUCCCAACACCUACGUUUGAGCUUCCAGGCCCUGGGCCCAUGCCUCAACUCUUCAAAAAAAUCCUCUCUCCCCCCAUCCCCAUCAGGUGUGACCCCCAUUUCCAGGGUUCCACCAAUAACCAGACUCAUAUACAUGAAUAAAAUAGUUUUGUCUUUA